AUGUCUUCCACGUCGACGGUGAUGCUGAUGGUGAAAAUGACGGUGGCGGCCCAGACCCGGCAGUGCCUAUUGAUUGGUGGUCGGCAAUCCAAAUCCGGCAUCCGGCAUCCGGCCGACGGUGAGGCGGCCGACGGUGAGGCAGCCAACGGCGAGGCGGCCAACGGCGAGGCGGCCGACAGCGAGGCGGCCGACGGCGAGGCGGCCGACGGCGAGGCGGCCGACGGCGAGGCGGCCGACGGCGAGGCGGCCGACGGCGAGGCGGCCGACGGCGAGGCGGCCGACGGCGAGGCGGCCGACGGCGAGGCGGCCGACGGCGAGGCGGCCGACGGCGAGGCGGCCGACGGCGAGGCGGCCGACGGCGAGGCGGCCGACGGCGAGACGGCCGACGGCGAGGCGGCCGACGGCGAGGCGGCCGACGGCGAGAUGCUGGCGGCGAGGCGGCCGACGGCGAGGCGGCCGACACAGACAGUGCACUCCCGCGCAGGGAAGCGAGAGAGAACUCAGGCCACUACCAACGAGACCACUUCCGGAAUCCUGCUGUGUUUUACGACAUGCUACUGCAGGUUUUAUUUGAAACCCUUGCACCCGACCCUAACAUGGGACGAGACACGGACGAGACACGGAACAUCGCACGCUGAAAGCUCAUGCAUUCUGGGAAGACAAGAGACGGACAACUCCAACUUCAACCGUCGAAGGCGCCUGGACGACCUAGUCAACGUUGCCAGUCGAAUGGAGUCCACGGGUGUACCUGGUGCCGUACACAUUUCUGCGGCCACGCGGGCCUUAUUGGGCGCCGCGGCCGACGGAUUUCUUUCCACGGGGGGAAUUCCCGUCAAGGGCAAGGGGUUCAUGCUCACGUACGUGUACGACCCGUGCGGCGUCGCUCCGCAGCGCUCUCAAACAGUCUCCCGAACUGGAUCAGCAUGUACGGAGUACGGAAUACGGCAUAAUACGGAUAUGGCACGUGUUUGUACAAUUAUGUCAGUUUUGUACUUUGGCUCGGUCCUGCGAUGUCGGUUCCCGCAGCUGUGA